GUUAACUAACAUUAGGAAAGCUAGCAAUAUAUUGCCCUAUUAGUGAACAUGGCCGACACAAAAGUUAAUAUUGCAAAAAGGGGUUAUGCAAAGAUGUCUAUUACUAAAAUUCAUAAUGCACUAUUAUCAGACGUUAAACAGACACUCGCAGCUUUAAAAAACCUCGAGGAGCCUGUCGACAGCUGGAGCAGCUUGCUUGUGUGUGUGCUAGUGAGGAAGUUAGAUAACCUUACACGCUCUGCAUUCCAGAUGGAGAGAGACAACAAGUGUUUACCCACAGUAGGGGAGCUUUUAGGUUACCUGGAACGUCGAGCAUUGUCAUUGGAAAACGACUCCGUUCCCAACAAGCAACCUCAACCCCAACGGUUGACUAGUAUUGCAGUAACUGCACCUGCUUCUACCUCCUGCACCUAUUGUAAGUCUCCGCACAAGCUUUUCCAAUGUCCAAAUUUUAAAAUGGCAGCACCCACAAAACGUCUAGAGUUUGUAUUAGCAAAUAAGCUGUGCAAAAUAUGUCUGUCUUUCCAUAAACGUAACUGUAAAUAUCAUUUUAAGUGUGGUGAAUGCAAAAAGCCUCAUAACACAUUACUGCAUCAAACAGAUCAACAGCCAUCGAGCCCAUCUGUCAGUUUGUUAUCGAGCGCUCCUCGGGGACAAGUGCUUUUGCCUACUGCUAGAGUUAAGCUUAUUUCCCAGACAGGCACGAUUAUUUACGCACGAGCACUAUUGGACAGUGCCUCACAAGUAUCAUUCAUCACUGAGAAACUUGCCCUUAUAUUAGGCAAGGUUCCCGACAACAAUGCAUCAAUUAUAAUUGGCAUUACCAACACUGAGCAAACAGUUAACUUGCAAAUAAACCUUGAUGUACACUCUAUAGUAUAUCCAUAUAAGGUCAAUGUUAAUUGUCAUAUUGUUAAAACGAUAACCACAAAGUUGCCUCAAGCACCUAUAAACACUUCCAAUCUAACAUUUCCUGCUAACUGCAAUCUAGCUGACGCUACCUUUAAUAUGCCUGGUGAUGUGCAUGCACAACAUUCUCCGAGCAACCAUCUAUAA